UUCGCGUCCCGCAUUUGCCAUGCUUUGCUGAGCGCCGCUCGUCGCGGCGCUUAUGGGGCGAUUCUGUGCAGCCUGCUUGUCUUCCGCGCUGCACGCGACAAUGGCGAUGGUGCCAUCGUCAGGGCGUGGCAUUGAUCGAGUGGCGGCGGCAGGGGUGGUAUCGUCGUCGCGGCGGGAUUCUUCGUCGCGCAGGGUUUUGCUUGGCAGGCGAGGGAACAGGAGGAGUUUUACGACUUCGUCGGCGAUGCGGGGAGGGAUUGGAGGCCCCUGGAGUAGCAGCUAUGGAUUGCUGAGUAGGAAAUGGAGCGAUGGCCUUGCCAGUAUCAAGCAGCUUGUCGGUCUGUUUGUGGAGACGCGAGAAAAGAAGAAGGAAAGAAUCAGGGGGAGGUAUCUAGAGUUGAGAGUGAGCGCGAGCGAGGAAGUCGCGACGUCCGGCGAUCAAAUUUUUCGCAAAGGAAUGCUUGUAGAGCUUGUAAAAGAUGGCAAGCUUGUUUGUGCGGUUGUGGAUAGGCCGGAAGGGAAGAAGAACUGGAUUGCCAUAGACCAGUAUGGAAAUUCCCACUCGGUGAAGCCUGGGAAAGUAAGAUACGUUGUUCCAGAUGUAGAAACGUUUAAACCAGAAGACAUCGUUGAGUUCCUGAAGCAAACGGAAGCCAUACAGGACUUGUCUCUUAUAGAAAUUGCAUGGCACGAGCUGGUUGAGUCAGAGGAGAAAUCCAUAAGUUCAAAGAAGCUAGCCAAAGUGCUUUUUGGGGAUGUUUCCCACGUUGAGUACUAUGCAACGCAUUGUAUGCUAUCUUCAAAGCAAGUGUUCUUUAGGCGCAAGCAAAAAGGGCCUGUUGUCUUUUACGAACCGCGGUCUAGUGCAGAGGUGCAGGAGUUACAACACCAGUAUAAUGUCGAGGAAACCGCUCGAAUGGAGCUGGUGAAUUUUAUCAACAUGGUCAAGUCCGCCUUAGCACAGUCUCAUGAUUCAAAGCCAUCUCCCACCAGUUGGUCCUCGGAAAAGUUCGCGCUCGCCCGCGUAGAAGCUCUGCAGGAAUUUGCGUUAGAUGCGUUUGCCGAUGAAACUCAGAAGAACUUGGCAAAAGAGGUUUUGGAGGCCUUGGGACAGCAGAAGUCUCCUGAAUCUGCUCUAGAUGUUUUGAUCGGCAUAGGUAUUCUUCCGUUUCACGUAAAUGUGGAACUGCUAAAGUCCAAAAUUCCGACUGCUUUUUCUGACGAGCAUAUUGCGGCUGCAAAGCUUCUUGAAGAGGAGCCAUGUCUUGAUCAAAAUAAGGAUUCUAGAGUCGAUUUAACAGCCAUGAAGGUUUACACCAUUGAUUCAGAUUCUACUGAAGAGAUCGAUGAUGGAUUGAGCGCGACUGAGCUCCCCGACGGUCGUGUGAAAAUUUGGAUUCACAUUGCGGAUCCGACAAGAUGGGUAGAGCCGGAACAUAUAAUUGAAAGAGAAGCAAAACACCGAGGAACGACCGUUUACCUGCCAGAGAAAACGAUUCCCAUGUUUCCCAUGAACUUAGCUACUGGACCGAUGAGCCUUAGGCAGAACACGGAAUGCUGCGCUGUGAGUGUGUCCGUCAUCCUCGACAAAGAUGGCAGCAUUGCAGAGUCUUCGGUAUGCAGCUCAGUGAUAAAACCGUCGAUGCGACUCUCAUAUGACUCUGCAACGGAGCUUAUAAUGUAUCAACUAGACGAAGAGCGUGAGCUAAAUUUGCUGGCGAAGGCUGCCAGACUCCGUUAUGAAUGGCGACUUUCUCAGGGUGCAGUUGAUUUAUCCACUCGGCAGAUAGAAGUCAAAGUAACCAAUCCAGAUUCGUUUGAGCCCGAAAUCAAGCUUCAGGUGAUCGACAUGACCAGUCCCUCUGGACAACUUGUUUCAGAGAUGAUGAUUCUGUGUGGCGAGGCCAUAGCUGCUUACGGCAACGAGAAGAUUCUGGCCUUGCCAUACAGAGGACAGUCAGACAUGGCUGUCGAGAUGAACUGCACCAAACCGCUACAGCACUCUAGUUUGGGCCUACCUGGAUACGUUCAGUUUACUUCUCCAAUCAGACGAUAUAGUGACUUGUUGGCACACUACCAGGUCAAAGCAGCCCUUCGCAAAAAGUCUCCACCGCUUAGCAGUAGCCAGCUCGAGGCAGCAAUUAUGCUAGCCAACUUGAAAACGAAGGAGGCGAGAAAAUUGGGAAACGCGUCCUCUAGGUACUGGCUUAUUGAGUAUCUGCGGAGGCGGCCCAGGGACGAGCUGUAUGAAGCGUCGGUAGUCAGGGUCAAAGACGGACAAGUUGUCGUCUCCAUCAAGGAGGUGGGAUUGCAUACAUCGGUGAGUACCAACGUGAAGCUAGAAGCUGGUGAUGCCGUUCGAGUUAUAGUUGCCGCUGCUAAUCCUCGGAAAGAUAUUUUGGAUGUCGAACUGGUAGAAGUGUUGAACACCGAGGACGCAUUAGACAACGUUGUAGCAGCUUAAUUUCACAAGGUACUUGGAUACAAGAACUUUCUCGUUUUUUUUCAUGUCAGCUCAACCCAUUGGUUGUAAUACUCAAAAGAAAGCAGGAUAUGUUUUCUA